UUAAGGAAAAACUACUUCCGGGUGAAGUAAACAUUUCUUCUGGCUCGCUAUUGAUUUGGGUACAUGUGAUUAGAAGAAGUUGUAUAGUGUAACAUAAUGGGGCCAAGAAGAAACACAAAGCGAGUACCGAGUUUUCGCAAGUUACUGAAGACCAGUAAUAUCAAACUUGCAAACAAACUGAAAAACAAGCAGUUGAAACAGCAGAGCACUGCAAGGAAGUAUAAAAAGGAGCAGAGGAGGCUGAGACAGAGCCUAAAAGAUGCCACCCGGGCACCUACUCCUCUUGAGCACUACAAGAAAAAAACAACUGAGGACGAUGAAGAAGAUGAGGUGGAAGCUCUUCCUUUGGAUAUGAUGGAUGAAGAUGAUUUGGAGCUAAUGAAAGAAAUGGCUCGAAAAGCCUCCUUUUUAACCAGAGACUUGUCUUCCAGUGAACCUGUUCAUGCUAAGAAACGGAAACAUGAAAAUGUAAUUGAAACGUAUGAGAAAAUGCCAAGACGUAUGCAGUCUGAGCCAGAAAAAGAAAUAAUUCACUUGUUGCCAAUCAAAGAUGAAAGGGGAAUCAUUCCACAAAUGAUUGAGAAACUGGUGAGGAAGGAUGAAGAGGAGGAGGAUGAAGAACCGAGUGUGCCACAAGAAGCUGCUCAAGAACCGCCACCCUUACUCACUACAGAGGAGUUGCUGCAUCACAGAGCACAGUUACUUCAGGAGAGGAAGAUACAUAUAGCAGCUUUAUGUUCUGCCAUCUUAUCAGAUCCAGAAAACAAUAUUAAAAAGCUGAAAGAGUUGCGCAGUAUGUUAGUAGAACAAGAUCCCAGUGUGGCAGUAACAGUUCGGAAGCUAGUAAUGGUGUCUCUUAUGGAGAUCUUUAAAGACCUUUCACCAUCUUAUAGGAUUCGGCCACUAACGGAAGCAGAAAAAGCAACAAAGGUUAAAAAGGAAGUUCAGCAACUCCGAGAGUUUGAAGAAGGCUUAGUGUGUCAGUACAAGUUUUACUUGGAAAACUUGGAACAAACUUUGAAAGAUUGGAAACAGAUGAAAAUAAAGAAAAGUGGUGUGGUUUCCUUGAAUGCAUAUCGAGGUUUAGCAGAAAUUGCUGUCAGAUGCCUUUGUGAGUUAAUGGUGACAUUACCUCACUUCAACUUCCAUAACAAUAUCAUUGUCUUGAUUGUGCCACUCUUGAAUGACCCUUAUAAAAAGAUCUCUGAAAUGUGCUGUGAUUCUAUGAAGAAGCUCUUUAAAGAAGAUAAACUGGGCCAGGCUUCAUUCAUGGCAGUUAAAGUAAUUUCUGGUCUUGUUAAAAGCCGGAAUUAUGAAGUCAGGCCUGAGGUCCUGAAGACAUUUCUUUUCCUACGAAUUAAAGAGGUGGAAGUAAAGAGGGACGCUGAAGAUAUUACACCUAAGAAAAGAUUUAUGACUUACAAAGAAAAGAAGAAGAAUCUGUCUAGAAAGCAAAGAAAAUGGAAAAAAGUUGAAGAAAAAUUAGAACGAGAGCUACUUGAAGCUGAAGCCACAGAAAGCAAGGAGAAGAAGCUGAAAGUGCAUACAGAAACCCUGGACAUUGUGUUUUUAACCUACUUCAGGAUCAUAAAGCGAGCACAGAAGUCUGUACUUCUUCCUGUAGUUCUGGAAGGCCUUGCCAAAUUUGCUCAUGUGAUCAACGUGGAAUUCUUUGAUGAUCUCCUCAUUGUAUUGAACAAUCUCAUUGAAUCCGGGGAUCUGAGUUGCAAGGAAAGCCUACAUUGUAUUCAAACAGUUUUCAACAUUUUAUCUGGCCAAGGUGAUGUGCUGAAUAUUGACCCCUUGAAGUUCUAUAUUCACCUUUACAAAACGUUAUUAAAACUACAUGCAGGAGCUUCAAAUGAUGAAGUCAGGAUCGUAUUAGAGUGCCUUGAUGUCAUGCUGGCCAAACGCAGGAAACAGGUGUCACUACAGCGUGCUCUUUCAUUUAUAAAGCGUCUCUCUACUCUUGCACUGCAUGUUCUUCCAAAUGCCAGUGUUGGAAUUUUAGCAUCAAAUAGAGUGUUGAUGCACACUUUUCCAAAGAGUGAUAUCCUACUGGACAAUGAAUCUCAAGGAAGUGGACUUUAUCUACCUGAACUGGAUAACCCGGAGUACUGUAAAUCAGAGAACACUGCAUUAUGGGAACUACAUUCGCUUCUGAGGCAUUACCAUCCUGUGGUCCGAACAUUUGCUGGCCACCUUAGCUUGGGCGCUCCAGCAGAAGGCUCAGGGGCUCUUAAACAAGACCUGUGUAGAAGGUUGCCUGUUGAGCUUUUUGAGGAUUACAACAUGAAAGGAAUGACAUUCAAUCCUCCUCUUGAAUUAUCCACAUCAUCCAAGAAGGAUAAACUGAUUCAGAAUGGUCUGCUGCUUCCUGAAGAUUUACAAAAACUUGCAGAAGAACAUCUCAACACAACUGUUUCUUUGAAUCCAGAUUUUACCAGCUAUUUCAAAACCAAAUGUGGGAAUUCAAGUUGAAAAAAAAACUGCAUACUGUUCAGGAACCUGUCUUCUGUAUAAGGCUUGUACGGAAGACCAAAUUAAAGGACUCAUUUGUUGAGGCAUUAUUAAAAUGAUUCAAACACUUUUAAACAGAAUAUAUCAGUUCACUGAAGACAACAGUAUUGGCCCUGUAGCUCAUGAUUUUUGUUCAUGAAAAAACUUGUAAAUAAAGAUUGAAGAGUUUGGUAUUGUACAUGUAAAUACAAAAUUGCUUGUUAAAGCUGACCCCUUUUCCUACUGCAUUGUAACAUUAAAAAUAAAUAUUUUACUAAGAUA